UUCUCCAAUCUACAAUGUUCUGUUGGUGCUACAUCUAUGAAACAAUGUACAUCAGUAUAUAACAGCAAUACCUCCUGUAAUGGAGGGGCAGUGGCUGUUGCUUGUGAUGAUGGAAAGCCACUCGUAAAAGAUAAUUUGAUAAAAAUCGCCAUAGAUGGUACUGUUCAAGUGAGUAAAAAUGGUAUAUGGGGUAACAUAAAUGCUUAUAAAUGGGACAAUGCGGAUGCUAAAGUAUUAUGUAAAGAACAAGGAUUUGAUACCGGCGAGAUGAAACAAUCAAUCUACUCCGACAAACCACGAUGGAUGUUUGAUGUUGAUUGCCAAGGCGACGAAAACAGUAUAUUCAGUUGUCCCUACAAAGAUUUGCCUGAUAAUGAUACUACAUCUUUAAGUGGCAAUGCUCGUGUCUUUUGCUAUAACAGAUCGGAUGCUAACGAGUACAGGUUAGAAAAUGGUGAUCAUGGGAGACUUAUCCGUAACAAGGAUAACCAAGAAGGUUACGUUUGUGAUUUUAUUAGGUUCUAUGAUCAGGAGGCUACAGUAGUUUGCAAAACUCUCGGCUUUAACAGAGGUGAACGGUUAGAAUCCUCCAGCCUUCCUGAAGGAACUAAAUGGUGGGGUGUGCAGUUAAGCUGUUUUUAUGGAAGCUCUACAAUUGAAUCCUGUAAAGUUUCUGACUGGUCAUAUAGCUACAAUGCAAGUUUAAACUCGACCAGGUCUGAAUUUGAUAAAUGCCGUAAUACUUCUUAUGCUAUUUCGGUUUCCUGUUACGGACAAGUGCGUCUGCAUGAUGAUUCAAAUAAUAUUGGUAUUGUCCUAGUUCGUACAGGUAACAAUGAAAGAGGGGCUUUUUGUGCGGAUGGGUUUGAUUUGACAGAUGGCGAUGUGGCUUGUAGAGAAAUAGGAUAUUCUGGUAUCAGUCGUAUUGUUGCUGCCUCUACCUUUUCACAUCUUAAUUACAGUAUUGUGUCUUAUAAUUAUGACUGUGUGGGCGGCGAAAUGUCUUUAUUAAAUUGUUCAAAUAUCAAUCAAACGAACUGUGCAUCACGAAAUUAUGCAACCAUUGAAUGUAUUCCUAACACAACACCAUCACCAACUAUAAGAUCUACCUAUCCAGGUAGCAGUAACAAUCCUAACUACAGUAAAGUCACUUCUAUUAGCAACGUGUCUGGUAAGUCGAAAUAUUUAUUUAUAUAUAUUUUAAUGUAA